GCAGCUGCAAUGAUGGUUCCGGAGGGACAUUGAAUGACUUUGGCUGCAUCACGAUAAAGAAAGACUAAAAUUUUAAAUUAAAAACACGGGCAUGGAGGCUCUUAUUCCCGUAAUAAAUAAGCUUCAGGAUGUGUUCAACACCGUGGGAGCGGAUAUCAUACAACUGCCGCAAAUUGCAGUUGUGGGGACUCAGAGCAGUGGAAAGAGCUCAGUUCUUGAGAGCCUGGUAGGCCGGGACCUGCUGCCCCGUGGGACUGGCAUAGUCACCAGGAGACCCCUCAUCCUCCAGCUGGUCCAUGUAGAUCCUGGAGACGCCAGGAAGAACGAGGAUGGUGGUGGGUGUUCCUGUGGCUCUAAUGUCAUUGGAAUCAGCGAUGACCCCAUCCAUCUCAAGAUCUUCUCCCCUCAUGUGGUCAACCUCACGCUGGUGGAUCUGCCCGGAAUCACUAAGGUGCCUGUGGGCGAUCAGCCUAAAGACAUCGAGAUUCAGAUCAGAGAUCUAAUCCUGAAGCACAUCUCCAACCCCAACUGCAUCAUCCUCGCCGUCACGGCGGCCAACACAGACAUGGCCACGUCCGAGGCCCUGAAGGUGGCCCGGGAGGUGGACCCCGACGGCAGGAGGACGCUGGCCGUGGUGACCAAACUGGACCUGAUGGACGCCGGAACCGAUGCCAUGGAUGUUCUGAUGGGCCGCGUCAUUCCAGUCAAACUGGGCAUCAUCGGAGUCGUUAACAGGAGCCAGUUGGACAUCAACAAUAAAAAGUCGGUGGCUGAUGCGAUCCACGACGAGCACGCCUUCCUGCAGAAAAAGUACCCGUCUCUCGCCAACAGGAACGGAACCAAAUACCUGGCCAGAACCCUGAACAGAUUACUGAUGCAUCACAUCAGAGACUGCCUGCCCGAGCUGAAGACCCGGAUCAACGUCCUGGCGGCCCAGUACCAGUCCCUGCUCGGCAGCUACGGAGAACCCGUGGAGGAUCAAAGCGCCACCUUGCUUCAGCUCAUCACCAAAUUUGCGACCGAGUACUGCAACACCAUCGAGGGCACGGCGAAAUACAUCGAGACGGCUGAGCUGUGCGGCGGAGCCAGAAUCUGUUACAUCUUCCACGAGACGUUUGGUCGAACGUUGGAGUCUGUGGAUCCUCUGGGAGGACUGAGCACCAUAGACAUCCUAACAGCCAUCAGGAACGCAACGGGUCCGCGCCCGUCGCUCUUCGUGCCCGAGGUUUCCUUCGAGCUGCUGGUGAAGAAGCAGGUGAAGCGGCUGGAGGAGCCGAGUCUGCGCUGCGUGGAGCUGGUCCACGAGGAGAUGCAGAGGAUCAUCCAGCACUGCAGCAACUACAGCACGCAGGAGCUGCAGAGGUUCCCGAAGCUCCACGAGGCCAUCGUAGAGGUGGUGACCUCCCUGCUGAGGAAGAGGCUGCCCAUCACCAACGAGAUGGUCCACAACCUCGUGGCCAUCGAGCUUGCGUACAUCAACACUAAACAUCCCGACUUCGCCGACGCCUGCGGGGUGAUGAACAACAACAUCGAGGAGCACAGGAGAAACAGGAUGAGAGAGCUGCCCUCUGCCGUACCCAGAGACAAGGCCGGGGCAGCAGCUGGGUCUCAGGGCGAUCAGGACGGCACUGGCAACUGGAGAGGGAUGCUGAAGAAAGGAGAGGACGCCUCCGGAUCUGGACCAGGAAGUCCACUGAAAGGAGCCGUGAACCUGCUCGAUGUGCCCGUCCCUGUUGCUAGGAAACUGUCAUCUCGUGAGCAGCGGGACUGUGAGGUCAUUGAACGCCUCAUCAAGUCUUACUUCCUCAUCGUGCGCAAGAAUAUCCAAGACAGCGUGCCAAAGGCAGUGAUGCACUUCCUGGUCAACCACGUGAAGGACAGCCUGCAGAGCGAGCUCGUUGGCCAGUUGUACAAAUCAGGCCUCCUCAACGAUCUGCUGACAGAGUCGGAGGACAUGGCCCAGCGGCGCAAGGAGGCCGCUGACAUGCUGCAGGCAUUGCAUAGAGCCAGUCAGGUGAUCGCUGAAAUCAGAGAAACACAUCUGUGGUAACAAAUUGUUUCUGUCCAGUGGGUACGUGCUCCACAUCAUGAGGAUCUAACGUACUCAUGUUAGCUUACAAGCACUGGAAUUAGGUGUAAUUUAUUUAAAAUGCUCAGUGUAAAAACAUUUC